AAACUUAUCCAAUGUGAUCUACGUUUAAAAUAUCUAAGUUUGCAACCAUAUAUCAUUUUGGAAUCUUCCUGCUUUGAAACCCCCUCAUGCUUGGAAGACAAAAAUGAAUCUAAAUCAAGCAAUACUAUUGAAGCAGGUCUAGAUCUUUCAUCCAGACAAAUGAAUUUCCCUGACUCAGGUAUUUAUAGAGAAAACACAUCAUUAAGUAAUCAACCUGUACAGUUGGAACAGCUUAAAAUACCAGAACUUAAAGCUUCCAUGUCGAAAGAUGAUUUGGUGAGCCAUUUAGAAAACUACAUUUCUGAACAAGUCUUCUCAGCCGAUUGCUUGCUAAACAAAGAAACAUUAAAGGAAUGGGCUGAUUAUUUUCUCACAGAUUCUCAAA